AAGACAGCGCUGUAAAGCCGAGAAGCAAGCAAGGAUUAUCGCGAAGAAAAUGUAUCGUCGACCCGCGGCAAAGUGGCGCUCUAGUUCGAAUCGAAGCGAGAAUCAGCGAGAAUAUCGAAUCGCGAGGGGAACACUCGCGGUGUCCCCGGCGUGGCGUGUCCCCCCCUCAACGCGCGGUGACGUCAGAAUAUGGCGUCUCGAUCAGCUGGAUGUUGUGUAAAGUGUGCCUGGCUGCGAUGUCCGUCUCGCGAGAUCUAGCGGAGACCACCGUCUGUCCGCCGUGAUACUGACCGGAAGACUCUAUGCAACAUGCCACCAGAUAGGCCGGAUGCAUCGGGUAUCGAAACUGACGUGGAACUGAACUCGCCUCGGGACUAUAAUUUCGGCGAGAACGCCUACGCGAUGAACGACAAGGAGAAGGAGAACGCGAGCGUGCUGGCCGACGCGAACUCGUCCAACGAAUGCCAGAGCGAGAUCCCCAGGUGGGACAAGUCCAUGGAGAAGAACAAUCAGUCGGACGACGAGCUGACGUCUCUCAGCUGGCUGCACCAGCAGAACUUACUUAAGGGUCUGGACAUUUCGGACCCCUCCAAAGACAUGAAGCACGAGAACAUGCUGAACAACAAUAUCUGCGACGACGUAGCGGAUUUCUCGGAAAACACCAACUCCGUGUCGAGCCUGGAUGAUAGUUUCUGUCCAGAGAGCAAUGGAAAGGCGAGCGUGACGCUGAACGGACACGGACAAAACUAUCAGCAUCCCGGCAAGAAUUGUCAAAAGCCCGCACAAAUAUUUCAGGAAUCCGCGAAAAGCCAUUGCAAUAUUUCGCCAAGUAAUCAAACGAAGAUUUCUUUGAGCAACAAUAAUUUGCCAAUGUCUAAUCGCAACAAGCACCCUACCCAUAUACCGUAUGAUCCUCAUUUACACAGAAAUAGCAAACCACCGUAUUCAUUCUCCUGCCUCAUAUUUAUGGCUAUCGAAGAUAGCGCCGUAAAGGCGCUACCCGUGAAGGAGGUUUACGCGUGGAUCCUGGAGCACUUCCCGUACUUCAGGAACGCCCCUACCGGAUGGAAGAACUCGGUCAGACACAAUUUGAGCCUCAACAAGUGCUUUCGGAAGGUGGAGAAAGCUCCGAAUUUAGGGAAAGGAUCGCUGUGGAUGGUGGACGCACAAUAUCGCCCAAAUCUGCUCCAGGCGUUGUCUCGUGCGCCUUUCCCGCCCCCUACGACCCAAAAUUUGUCUUCGUCGGAAAAGAUGCCCAGAAAGUGUGUAAAUGCACGUCUCCCGGAUCCGGUUCUCUUUCCGUAUCUAUCCAAAAGACUGGCGUCCAGCAAUAUCAACGAUAGCGCGGAAACCGAGAUUGAUAGCGACGUCGACGCGGCCGCCGCCACUAUGCUCUCCUUCAAGCAUGGACCUAUUAUUCUGAAUCACAAUAAAGAUCGUAAGCGAAAAAUGCCGGAGUCGGAAAAACUGGUGCCUGUAAUUACCAGGAGUUCCAGCGAAGAUCACACUUAUAGCUGUAUCGCCUCGAUAAAAUUGGGAAGCAAACAUUCGAACGAGGAAGAACCGUGUAAUCCAGACAUAGAUGAACAAAGGAAAAUUGCAGAGGGUGCGGACGCGCUCCUGAAUUUGGCGGGCGUUAGUACAGCGCUAAAUCACAAUAGAACGCAUCAUGUAACACAAGGUAUUAAUACGGCAUCGAAAUCGGAGGUUGUCGCGAAGCCAAAAAAACGUUCUACAACGAGCGAUUACUCGAGCACGUCUGAGAAAAGACGCAAGAGAUGGCGAGACUGGAAGGAGGGAAAUCGAUACCUAAAGCAAAUUAGGGGUUAACGUUGACACACUUUGUUACAUUUCGCAAGAAAAAAAGAAAGAAGAAGAGGUGUACGUUGUCGAGAGCUCUCCGCUUGUGCGCGAGUCGGAGGCACUUGAGAAAGUUUUACCAUCUGGUAACGAGAAAGUACUUUUGUUCUAUAGUGCCGUCGGUAAAUUCUACAUUCAUUUCUGAACGCGUUUAGAUCGACUCUCAUGGAAAUCUCCUCGACCAGGCCAGUUUCUCGUCGUAAACAACACAAAGCGCGCAUGUAAAUUCUUCCAUAUAACUUCUAGUUGUACUAGUAAAGGAGAGGGGUUGUUGGAUGCAUUUCGAAUUGAUUGGUGUGGUUGCUCAGGGUUCACAACAUGCUAUAUGCCAAAAUACAUUCGGUAGCACUAAACAACAAGCAAUAAUAGAGAUGUAGUGUUAAAGAGAUACUUUUUAAACACGCUGUUGAAACAAUGAUACAAUUGAAUAGUACGUGGAAUAUAUAUCGAUAAAAGGAAUUAUUAUUACACACUGAAGUAAUAAUAAUCAUUUUAGAACUGUUGCAAGGCGAUUAUAUUAAGUCAUAGAGAGUUUAAUUAAUGAUAAAGUUCUAUAUCAGUUUUCUUUUCUCUUUUUUUUUGUAGAUAUGUAUAGAGGCAUAAUCAACAUCUGCUGUCGCGAAGCCUGUCCCAACAGUAACGAGACCUAUUGUUUUCAAACGUAGCGCGGCGAUUUCCGACAUCAAAAUCAUAGCCCGGUUUGAAGCCUAGUGUUACCAUUAUUUUACUUCAAAAGGUGCUAUAGUCCCGUUAUUUUUGAGACAGGCCAAUCGUAUUCAAUAGAGAAAAAGAGCGAGGGGAGAGAUCGAUAAUAUAUUUAAAAACAAUUACACGCAUACAUACUUCUAUGUACAUGUGUAUAUAUGUAUAUAAAAUGUAUGUAUAACGUGCAUGUAUAUGCAGAUGUACACAUUACACGCAUCAAGCCCGACAUACUCAUUUGUGUAUUUACAGUCGGACUCCCCGAUUCUCGAGAUGAGAACGACCUUUCCGCUCUCCCUUUCGAUUCGCGCGCACACAAAAUGCAAAUUCCAUCGUAUGUGAUGAGUAACGAGUGUGAAAGGACGAAACAGCCAGAGGUGUCGCGUUUACGGAGGUACAACUGCUUGAGAACAAGGGAGUUUGAUUGUACGUGUACACAGGGUGUUCUUAAAUUUCUGACGAGGAACGUUUCCGAAAAACUGAGUCAUAAAGCACGUCCUUGUCCGUUUUCUCUUAGACUCCCAACAGUUUUCAAUCCGCAAGUAGUAUGUUCGAACUUUGUUCAGUAUUGGAUAAUCGUUUAUCCGUAGAACCGGUUGAUACUAAUUUUACGCGCUAGACAAUUUACAGGCAGAAGUACACGCGAAUGUCCGACUAUUUAAUUCAUUAUACAUUGUAGAUUUUAUAUUAGACUUUCCAUUCUUUCGCGAUUGAAGAAGACUUAGUUUUUCGUAGACCGUCCGUCACAACGUUCUCACACACGUAAAAGUGAGGGCACCCUGCAUGUAAGCACACACACACACACAUACGCACAUACACACACAUCCCGUGUGCAUCGUUGCGCAUGUACAACAUAUGUGCCACAAACUUAUUAUCAAAAAAACAUAUUCAAAAAGAAAAUAAAAAGAUAUUGAGAUACCUUCAACGUGGUCUCGACACGAGGAAAUGUUAUCAUUUCACAUCUUUUUCUACUCUCUUUGUGGCUUUCAAAAUGAUUUUGAACAGUGUUGUACAUAUGUAGACCUAAUGUAUCCACAGACCAGUUUUAGUAUUCAGUUGGAAACUGAAUAUACAGCGACCGUGCUGAGAUGUUAAUUAAAAUCGGAUGGAGAUGAAAAAUAGCGCUACAUGGAAAGACAACCUAUUUUUAUAAGAAAAACCCGUAACACUAAGAGAGAGAAAGAGAGAGAGAGAGAGAAGAGAGGGAAGGACUUGAUAAUACCUUGUAAUUGUAAGAUAUGUACGUGUGCUACAAAGACAUGCGAGAGAAUAUUAGGCAAACUGGUCUUGUAUACAUUAAUACGUAGUUGAGUAUAGAGAGAACAUAUAUUUUUACAGGGCGCUGCCCGCGUGAUAAAGGUUCUUCCUAGUAAUUCGCUGGUACGCAGUUUAUUAGCUUAAAUAUCACUCUACAAAGUAUAAAUAUUAGUGACUCUGUCUCUGAAUGAGAGGGAGAGAGAAAGAGAGAGAGAAACGUAACUGUUGUAGCGCAGCCUGAUACGAUUUCUACAUAUCAACGUUCAUGAUGCGCGAAACGUGCUCCAACAAUUUCGUAAAUGCAUUCUAUUUGUCAUUUCGGAAUUCAUCCGGGAUUACUUGCGACGAUCCUUUGAUAUAUCGCUCAAAGAGCUCAGCGUCAGCACUAUAGAAUGCUAGUUUCAUAGCAUAAUUACGUACGCCACUGUAGAAUUCAAACAGUGUCUUAAAUAAUUGAUAAUUUCGAAGCGUUCGACUUUCGUUAAUUUCGGUUUCUAUUAAAGCAGUAGAUCAGUCGUGACAAAUUGAAAAGACGAAAAUCUCACACGGGGGAUAUCCUCUAAAGAGAACUAGAAGACAAUUUGUAUAAUACGCAGGAUGCGCUACAUCAAAUAUUUUAUGUGAUUGUAGCUAGUCAGCUACACCAGAAGAAAAUUCAAUCGGAAGGUGCAAGAAAGAAUGCCAUGCUCAAUAUGAUAAAUAUCGAAUCUACUAAAUAAAGAGAAAAGAGAAUAUUAUUUAAAUAAAAUUUAAGAAACUACCGAAAGAAUUAAUUUCCAAGACUUUUCCAUCUUCUAACUUUAAAUUAUUCUACGUAUCACGUUGUAUUAAACGUACUCUGCUCAACAUUACAUAACUUGUAUGAAAUUUAGCUGCAUGCGAUCUACCUUUUUUUUGUUUUUGAAUUUUAUUUUACUGUUGUUAUCUCUGUGAUAUAAUUGCAAGGGUGAAUACGAUAUUAUCGUUGUUAUACUUCAGUGUAUCCGAAGUUUUAGAAUUCUAUAUAUUAUGUUGUUUAACGAAAAAGAGUUUUAUAUACAUAUAUCUAAUAUAUAAAUAUUAUUAAUUAACUGGCAUUCUUACUCACACCUCGAAUACUCUACCUUGAUAUCGACCUUAAAACAAGCUGGCAUCUUCAAACUGAUAAUCGUAUGGAAAUUUAAUGUUAUAGCUUCACGAUUUGUUAACAUUCUCUUAGUCUAGCUCGCGUUUGCUACGACUGAAGAUCUGCUCUUCCACGUAUAGCUAAUUCUAAAUUAAUCGGCUAUAGAGAGCGGGAUGCCAUUGAUCAUAAUACUGUGUAGCUAAUCGAUAGGUUUAAAGAGCGUAGAAUUAAAUCGAUUAGUCGCAUAAUUUAAAGCAAUACACCAGUAAAUCCUGACAUUGGGCGAAAUACUCUAGUCAGCCGGUUUUUCGCUGAAGGAAAUGGGCUUAUGUGCAAUCGCGUUAAUCGCGGAGUCGGUACGACGACAGGAUAGACUGUUACUCUGUAAUUGCAUUAGAAAGAAUAAGUAUUAACAUCGCAUGCAUCCUUCUUUUCUUCUUAACGCAUGGCGCCGACUCAUUAUACACGAUAGAAAUUCGUAAAAUUCACAAUUAUUCGUUUUACGCGGGGACGCGCUGUUAUCACAACCGGCUGACGGGCGAAGUCAUCCUAUGACAGACACCAAAAAAAA